AACACCCGGAUCGCCAUCGCAAUCGGGCACGGCCCAUCUUGAGACUUGUCCCGAGACUUGUUCUAUCCGAGACUCGGCUGGCCGAAAGCCAUCGAAACCCGCCUGCUCGCCCGCCGUCUCUCCGCCCACGAUAGACCUGCUCCUCCCAUCGUCGUCCGUCGCCGGAAAAACACAGCCUACCCCUCCCACCACGUUCAUCUGCAGCCUUUCAUAUCGACUCGAUGGGCUCCCAAGCGACCCACCAGCUGCUUUACAGCUUUGAAAGCAUUCCAAACUUCCGCGAUGCCUGCGGAAAAUUUGCAAAGUCUGGGCUCGUCUUUCGCUCGGCCACGCCCGACCUGGGCACACAAUCCGACGUCGACUUCAUCACCAAGAACCUGGGAAUCAAAACUAUUAUGGACCUGCGUUCAAGUUCCGAGAAAGUUGCCGAGGAGCCACCGCUUAUCAACCAGCAGUUCAUCCAACAGCGAUACCGCACCAACGACCAGGAUCGAGUGAGAAUCAAGUUGGAUUUUACCAAGGCUCUAUAUUUACCUGUAUUUGCAUCGCUGCCCCUUCGAUCCAAACUUUCGUUGGUCGCCAGCGUCGCCACCGCCCGACUCGACGAUGCAAAGCGGGUUGCCCUUCAAGAUAGUGCCUUCAACCGAGAUGGGCUGCUGGGCCUCAACAAAGUUUUUAUUACUUACUGUGGCCACUAUAUCAAGCGUGCCUUUGAUAUUCUUGCGGACGAACGAGCGCAUCCGAUCCUGAUCCACUGCUCUGCUGGAAAAGACCGCACCGGCUUGAUUUCAGCCCUACUUCUCAAGGUCCUCGGCGUUUCGGACCAAGACGUGGUCAGUGACUACCAGCUGUCAGAAGGCAAUCUCGUCGAAAGUGGAUUCAUGGGGAACAUUGUAAAGGAAGCCGGCAAGUUUGGCGUAUCAGAGGAGUUCUCAAAAAGCCCGCCCGAGGUCAUGGAAUCGACUCUGGCCUAUAUCCAGAGCGAGUAUGGUGGCGUGCCGAACUACCUAAGCUCCAUUGGCGUCACCCCCGAGAUCCAAAACAGGAUCCGCAGCUUGCUCCUUUAGACACGAAGAUGGUAAUAGAACUGCCUUGGUCGUGUCGUCUCCAAAGCCAACGGUGGAAACGACGCGCACAUAUCCUGACCUUCACAUCCCACCACAAGCACAAAGCUUUGAGACUUGGCCCAUAAACUUGAUGUUGAGGCGUCUUCGAUGCGUGGCCUGACUCGACAAUGUGGGGAGGGGAUAAGCAAGUUUCAAGCA